GGUAAGCGGUAUUGGUGCCGUUGGUCUAUAAAUAGAGUCACUUGAGGUACGUAGUCUUCGUGUCGUUGAGUUCCGCUGAAUUAGGGGUCUGGUUCAAGAGAGCUACUCGCAAACACGCCCUUUGAGCAGCCGUAGAUCUGCUUAUCAUCCCCUUUCAAAGCUUGAGAAGAUGGAAACCUUUCUAUUCACCUCCGAAUCUGUGAACGAGGGUCAUCCUGACAAGCUCUGUGACCAGAUCUCUGAUGCGGUGCUGGACGCCUGUCUCGCCCAGGACCCUGACAGCAAAGUUGCCUGCGAAACAUGCACCAAGACCAACAUGGUCAUGGUCUUUGGUGAGAUCACCACCAAGGCCACUGUAGACUAUGAGAAGAUUGUCCGUGAUACUUGCCGUACCAUUGGAUUUGUCUCUGAUGAUGUGGGUCUUGAUGCUGACAACUGCAAGGUUCUGGUUAACAUUGAGCAACAGAGCCCUGAUAUUGCACAGGGUGUCCAUGGUCACUUCACCAAGCGCCCUGAGGAGAUUGGUGCUGGUGAUCAGGGCCACAUGUUUGGUUAUGCCACUGAUGAAACCCCUGAAUUUAUGCCCCUUAGCCAUGUCCUUGCAACCAAGCUUGGGGCUCGCCUCACUGAGGUUAGGAAGAAUGGCACCUGCCCCUGGUUGAGACCUGAUGGAAAGACCCAAGUUACUGUUGAAUACUACAAUGACAAUGGCGCCAUGGUUCCAGUUCGCGUGCACACCGUCCUUAUUUCCACCCAGCACGAUGAGACUGUUACUAAUGAUGAGAUUGCAGCUGACCUCAAGGAACAUGUUAUUAAGCCUGUGAUCCCAGAGAAGUACCUGGACGAGAAGACCAUCUUCCAUCUUAACCCAUCUGGCCGCUUUGUGAUUGGUGGUCCUCAUGGUGAUGCAGGUCUCACUGGACGCAAGAUUAUUAUUGAUACUUACGGUGGAUGGGGAGCCCAUGGUGGUGGUGCCUUCUCUGGCAAGGACCCCACUAAGGUGGACAGAAGUGGUGCCUACAUUGUCAGGCAGGCUGCCAAGAGUAUAGUGGCAAAUGGCCUUGCUCGUAGGUGCAUCGUGCAGGUCUCUUAUGCCAUUGGUGUGCCUGAACCGUUGUCGGUCUUUGUUGACACAUACGGAACUGGAAAAAUUCCUGACAAGGAAAUCCUUAAGAUUGUGAAGGAGAACUUCGACUUCAGGCCUGGAAUGAUCACAAUUAACCUCGAUCUUAAAAGAGGUGGCAAUGGCAGGUUCCUUAAGACAGCUGCCUACGGACACUUUGGAAGGGACGACCCAGACUUCACGUGGGAGAUUGUGAAGCCUCUCAAGUGGGAGAAGCCGCAAGCUUAAAUUUCAUCAAACUUGCCUCUGCUGUUCAAUGCCUUGCUUAUAUGGGUACUGCAUGAAUAAUUUGCGUUUUUUUUUUUUUUUUUUUUUUUGGCUGCUGCUCUAUCAUCUUAAAGCUAUAACUAAUGUUCUAAUUCAACACAUGAGAUAUGCCCUAUUUUAUUUUAUUUUAUUUUAUUUUUUUAUAAUUUUUGGUUA